CUUUAGUCGCCGGUCACUCGGCGGAAAACACGGAUGUGUUCAAGCGUGUUUUCCACCAGAACCGGACUAUAAAUGAAACUAUCCGAGGAAGAUUUUAUAAAACACUCAGAUUAGAUUAGAUUUCCAACGUCGAGGUGGGAAAAAAACCAAACACUGUUCCAACAGUUAUAAAGAUAGAUAGACACAGCGCUCUGAGGAAGAGGAGGAGAAUUGAGAGAGAGAGGAGGAGGAGAGAAACCCAGACAGGGGAGGACGGGCGGACCGGAGAGGAAGGAGAGGAAGGAGAGGAGGCUGGAGAAAAAGCAGAGGAAAAAGGACGGAUUUCUGGGGGAGUUUGGGUUCGUCUCGGUCUCCUCUCUCCUCCAGACCCCUGCGCGUAAAAGCCUUCCCACCCGCGGCGCAUUCAUGUCUGACUUCAGGAGGCUUUAAAUGUUCAACUUGAUGGGUGUUUUAAACGCCUCCGCCGCCAAUGUCUCCUGUACUUGUAACUGCAAGCGCCUCACCUCCCACCAGAGCAUGGAAAUCACCCAGCUGGAGUUCGUCCAGAUCCUGGUGAUCGUGGUGGUGAUGAUGGUCAUGGUGGUCGUCAUCACCUGCCUGCUCAACCACUACCGCCUUUCGGCACGCUCCCUCCUCUCCAGACACGCCUCGGCCCGCCGGAGACACCUGCCCCUGGCCAACGAGGGCAGCAUGUGGUCGUCUGAGAGUACGGGAGGAAACUCGGGUCUGAACGAGCAGCAGGCGUACAACCCUCGGCCGUCGGACCGGGGCGUGUCGUACCUGCAGCGGGAGCCGCCCCCGGCCCUGCCGUCCCAGCGCUUCCAGCACGGCUACGCCCCGAGCCGCUUCCAGCCCACCUACCCCUACCUGCCGCAGAGCCUGAUCGACCUGCCGCCCACCAUCUCCCUGUCGGACGGGGAGGAGCCGCCGCCCUACCAGGGGCCCUGCACGCUGCAGCUGCGCGACCCCGAGCAGCAGAUGGAGCUGAACCGAGAGUCUGUCCGGGCCCCGCCCAACCGGACCGUGUUCGACUCCCACCCGCUGGACCCGUCCAACUCCUGCCUGCAGGCCAGCCUGCAGGCCCCGCCCCCGAGCGUGCACUCGGGCAUCAGCGUGCUGGAGGCCCAGGAGGCCUCGUCCCGCCAGCAGAAGCCGGGCGCCCACGUGGACGGAGCUCCCCCCGCCUACAGCGAGGUGAUCGGGCACUUCUACCACCCGCCCAGCCUGAGCUCCGGCCACGGCCACCGGACUGUGCCCUCCUCGCCGGCGCCGCCGCCCUCCCUGAUCCAGGGCCUGCUCAGACCUCCGCCGCAGCAGCAGGGCGGCGUGAACAACCGCAACACGAGGAACGCCAAGGAGAAAUCCCACAAGCCCCAGCAGGUGUGACAGGGUUGAGAACCCCCCCUUCCCUUAACCAGAUCACAACGAGGAAGGAUCGCAGAAAUGGUAACAUCCACCCUGAACCGGUUGACUUUAGCCAGUCUCAGUUUUCCCGUUUCCCCGAGGCGGCGGGGGGGAAGGGGGGGUUGGGAAGCAGCUGCACAAACAGGCUUCCCCCUUGGCGAGGACGCCUGGAAACCACAACACUCCUGCAGAGCACAGUCACGGGAGCACUUCUGGUUCUUCUGGUUGCACGGCUUCCCUCCGCGGGCGGCGGAGUGCUUCAAACGGACACGUGACGGUGAAGAGAGGGCACUUCCCCCGCUCCCUCCUCCGCCAGACUGAUCUGCAUAUUCCUUAUAAAUAUUUACCUGUUCUGCUCGUUUCCAUGCGAACCUUUUUGAUUUGUUUUCACUCGUGAUAAUCCGCCCUGGCUGCUUCGCAGUUUGCAGCAACUCCUCCACCGAGCUUGGGCUUCGCCGCCGGCCGGGACACGUUAGCACAUCGUCCUGGAACUCCCAGGAAGAGCUUAGAUUUUAGUUAGCGUUACCUUAAAUUAGUCCACCAACUGUAGCACGGUGCUGAACGUCCCGAAGCCUAAAGCUCUGCCUUACGUUGACCGACUGAUGCAGGGUGCGUUUGUUUUUGUUUUUUAUGUUUUCUGAAGAGGGUUUGCACAAAAGUUGGAGAUUGAAGAAAGAAACGUGAUGGAUUGAGAGAGGAGGUGGCGAAAGUAGGGAGUGUUUUUCUAAACUUGAUUCCUUUGUCUGUUUUUAUUUUAAUGUCUAGUUUUAGAGAGAGUUAAAACAUCAGCAAUUUGUUGGGGUGCCAACGUUCACAGUGAACAUUUUGCAGCGUACAUGUACACCUGAUGCAUGUGGAGUACACGUACACACAUGUACGCAAAACUGAGAGGGGAAAAACGUGAAUUUAAGAGUUAUUUAUAUAAUUGCUGAAAAGAAUUGCACUAUUUGUUUUUUAUUUGGUAUGAUGGAAGAUUUGAACGGCUGUGAAGGAGCUCUGUCUGUCGAGGCGUGAAAGAAGGGACUGAAAUGGAACCUGCUCGGUGCACAGUGGCCGCCAUCGCAACAGCUAGCGGGGAAGAUCGUGACUUCGGUUUCGCUGGACUCAGACCAACAAUUACCGUACCACUGAUUUUAAAACAAGACGAAACGAAAAAAAAGAAGAAAAAUCUCUGGUUUAUGCAAAUGUCUGAGUCCGGCGAGACGACCGACAGUCGGCAUCCGACCUUUGGGCUCAAUCAGAAUCUCGUAGUUGUGUCUCUCCUCCAUCUUAUUGGACGAAUCAUUAGCCAAUCCCAAAGCUGGGUGCUACUACCUCGACCAAACAAGUCAAGCACAUGUGAGAGUUUGUUCGUGCUAAUCAGUCUCAUUAAACAAACGUCUGAGCUAAUCAAGACAAUGAGUAGCAAUAGUUAGAAGUAGGACGUAGUAGGAUUAGUUAAUUUAUUGGAUUGUCAGAUUUCUUGGUGAGAAAAGAGAGAGAGAGAGAGAGAAAGAGAGAGACGCUUUCGUCUCUAUUUUAGUGCAUUACUCAGGAAGGAAGCCAGUCGCCCGGCGGGCCCCUCAAGUGUUCGAUGCUCCAACUGUGCACCGCUGCAGCAUCUGAUCUCCAGCUUCUCAUAAAGACACGUCCCUCUUUAAGAGCUCGCUCUCAAAACUCUGCUUCCGUCUCUUUGCAGGCAUCUCUGAGCACUUUACCGCAACAGGAAAUGAGCACCAAUCCUCUUCGUCGGGCGGCGUCGGCUCUCUCUUCCACGCGACAAAACUUAAAAAAAAAAAAAAAAAAGGGUAUUAUCUGGUUUUAGAGCUGCACUUUUAAAAGGGUACAAAGAGUUUUGCACCAGUGCUUUGAACAUAAUGUCUUGCAGGAAGGAUGCUGACGCACGUCAUCUCAUUUAAGAUGUCAAUCAGAGGAUUUUUAAGGCGCCACUUUUGGCCAAUAAGUAAAAAUCGUAUUGAAUACAACCAAAAUUAGCACCAGUUUAUAUAUUUUCAACCUCUUCUGUGUUUUGGAAAGUCAAGCAUUUGGUGCAAAACUCUUUUGCAAAACAAGGCAGGUUGUUUAACUGGACACACUGAAGUGUUGACAAGUGACACGAGUGUCGAUAGCAGCCCGUCUUGUGUCGCCUCUUUGAGAGUGCAGAAGUAAAACAGGAUGUGAUUGGGGUUAACAUGAGCCAGUUUAACUCAGCGCCCUCUGAUGUCCCGUAUUUAUGCAAUCCAGCGCCCUCUGCAGGGAGCGGGCCGAACUACAGCCCGGCGUCCUGAAGCUGACGUCACCCCAGGCCAAAAAUAAUAAUAAUCACCUUCAGAUGACCAGAGGAUGAAUCUGAAAUAUUUCAAUCAUUUCUGUUCUUUGGUGAAUCACACGUGUUAAAGAGAGACAAGAACCUUGUCUCGCUUUAUUGUCUCGCUCUUUCUCCUUAUUAGUUCAUGUGCUGUACCCCCGUUUAAAUACGAGCACUUAAAGAGGCAAUAAUAAGAAUGUGUGAAGAAAUGAAUCUAUCAACCCAAAGCAGCUGAAGGAGUGAUGGCUCAAACUAUAAAUAACACAAGAGAUGAGAUUAUGAGCCUGAUCCCAGUGCAAGUGAAGCUGCCGCUGGCGUCUUUCCUCUCCAGCGCUGCCAUUAACUUGCACUUGGAUCCGGCUGCUUUUCCCUGUUUCUAGACAGUUCGGGUUCCUGCAUCCUGAGGGUUUGAGGCGGGUUAUGAGAAAUAAGACUGGCUCUGAUCAGGGUGUCGUCGUGGAAGCAAAUGCUCGAGAUGAGGAUUUGAACUGAAAAUAAAAAAUAUCAAUCGCUCGCUUCGCAAUACGGACUAAAACAAAACCACAGGAGGAGGAAGUGGAAAACUCGCCAGGAGGCUGACUGGAAACACAAAUCACACACACACACACACACACACACACACACACACACACACACACACACACACACACACACACACACACACACACACACACACACACACUGGUUUGUUUACAUACCAGUGUCUGUUUCACUGAUUUUUGAUUGGCUGUGUGUGUAUGUUCUUGUUUUUGUGACAUUAUGAGGAUUUAAGAUUUAAAACUACACGUGUUGUUGGGACCAAAAGUAUUUUUGAGGACCAGAUCCCCAUCAUUUCUUGGGGUCCUGCUGGGGGGGGGGGUUAAAGCUUAAAACCGUGUGAAGUGGGACUAGGUGAACAUUGGCGGUUUAGGUCAGGGUUUGGCUUCAGCUGCACAAAUUUGAAAGGAAGCUAAUACACAAUGAAAAUAAUCAUGACUGAAACACCUAAAGAAGAAGGAAUUAGAAACCGUUCACUUUGUGUUCAUGUUAGUUAGAGUCAGUGACUGCAUUUACAUGCAGUCAAAAUUAGGGUUAUUGCUAAUAUUCCAGUUACUGAAACAUUCGGAAUAUUCCGUUUACAUGGUAAUUAAUCAUUCGGGAUAUCUGGAUCAAACCAGCAACGCGCGGAGAACGUCAUGACGCAAUUCCCAUCAUUUCUGCUUCUUCUUCCUGUAUCCAAACUCAAAACAAAUGCUGCUUUGCGCAACUUUUCUCUCACCUUCUUGUAAAUCUUCUAUCCCGGUACUUUCUACCGUCUACAAAUGCAGAAAUGUUCAUAUCCUUCAUUACAUUUAUGAAGUGAUUAGUCUCCUCCUGGUCUUGUGUUUCUCCGUGUUUAGAAGAACUUCCUGGACUCAAAAGACCAGGAUUCCUUGUGAACAGAGCAUGUGCAGAAAACAAAUUCAUGUUCCGUUUGAUGGGGAUAUUCCGUUUGGCGUUUACGUGACCGAAUAUUUUCGGGUUUUAAAAGGAGUAACCCAGGGGUCAUAUUUGGGUUUUUAAAAACCCGAAUAUGAGCAAAUUCGGGUUAUUCAAAGGGGUUAUUGGUGUUUACAUGGCCGUGCAAAUUCGGGUUAUUGCCAAUAUUCAGGUUUUAAAAGGGUUAUUGAUGCAUGGAAACGCAGUCAUUGAUAUUGAGGGGAAAAAGUGCAGAAGAACUUUUUUCUAGGUGAUUUUUUUCUUCAAAAUGAGCCCUGGGUCACUGUUGAUGACUUUAAACGUGGGCGUGUGUUACCCAGGAAGCAUCUGUGUGUGUGUGUGUGUGUGUGUGUGUGUGUGUGUGUGUGUGUGUGUGUGUGUGUGGUAAAUGUACACUGAUGUGGCCUGGGAAGGACCUCCAGCUGUCUAGACAAAAACUAAACACACACACACACACACACACACACACACACGCACACAGCAGACUAAACAAACUAUCCUAAGAACCUGACCUUCCAGACGCGAGCACACACACACACACACACACACACACACACACACACACACACACACACACACACACACACACACACACACACACACACACUUUCAUUUAUCCAGCACAUUUUUUUCUUUUCAUCGAGGACCACACAAGAUACAGUUAAAACAUUUGUCCCACACACCUGGCCUGCCUCCUCCUCCUCCUCCUCCUCCUCCUCCUCCUCCCGUCUGAGCGAGCUCUUCCUGUUCCCAAGAGAUUGCCUGCCGUCCAAUGACAGAGCUCCUCCCCAGCCGGCCUUGGUCGGCCGUCUCUCCGUCUCCGUGGAGACGUUCAUCGUUUGUUACUGUUGCUUUGUCGUACAAGUGUGCCUGCCUGCGCUGAGACGGGCUCAAUGUGAGUGGCUCGUUGGGGCUGUCAAUCAUCCCCGGCCACGCUGUCUCAGAUGAUGAUGAUGAUGAUGAUGUUUGGAUGACGGUGAUGAGAUUGAUGAAGAUAAGUGUUUUUUGAUAGUGAUGCCGCAAAGAUCGUUGCAAUACACCUACUAUUUGCCUUUUUGAUAACAUUAGUCGUAUCUUAACGUAGUGUGUUAAAUGUAAUUUCUUUUUAUUGUUGUUUAUUUACUUGAGAACAUGAGACAUGAUUUUACUUUAAUUCCUCAUUCACAAAAAAACAACCAUUUGUAAACUUUGAGAGAGUGUAAAACUACCUAGAGUAACCCACAGGAGCUGCAGAUCACUGGGGUGAAAGUCGGUCUCGACUCACGUCCAAGUGUCCUUCCCCGGUCGCUGGCGGGGGCUUGUUUGCUCGGGGAGCAGGGCGACACGGUCUGUGUACUUCACGGCCAUCCGUUUUUUGUUUUCAAAUGACAAAAUAAAAAUAGAGAUAUAAUCCAAAAUAAUCCGUUUCCCAUCUUUUGUUUUGAUAAUAAAAAACGGAAAACGGAUCGUUAUCAAUUAUCCGUUAUCCGAUUUCAUUGAUAUGUUUGAAAAUCGAAAUUGGGAAUUAAAAUAGCGAGUGGAAGGUCCGUGUAUCUUUUGGUCAUUGGAUUUUUCCGUCAUGAGUGGGAAUCAAAAACAAAAAACGAUUGGUUUAUUUGAUUUUCCUUUUAAAACAAAAAACAAAUA